CACCGAUCAACGGAAAAAAGCAGAAGAUGUCGGCUUGGUCAUGUGAUCAGCUGUGUCCAAUCACAGCUAAUCGCAUGUAAAUAGGGGACAUGUACACUGAUCAUCAGGGCACUGAUGAUCAGUGUGCCCUGAUGAUCUGUGUAGCCCCAGCAGUGCCACCUGUCAGUGUCCAUCAGUGCCAGCUGUCAGUGCUCAUCCAUGCCACCUGCCAGUGCCCAUCAGUGCCACAUCAAUGCCACAUUUCAGUGCCCCUCUGAGCUGUCUUUCAGUGUCACCCACCAGUGCCAGUCAGUGCCACCUAUCAAUGCCAGUCAGUGAGGUCUAUCAAUGUGCAUCAGUGCCGCCUAUCAGUGUCCGUCAGUGCUGCUUAUCAGUGCCACCUAACAGUG